AGGACGAAUUAACCUCAAAAUUUUGUAACCUCGAAAGCUUCAAAGUUUGAAUUUGAAAGCAAAUAAUUAUUUUCGCAACACCAUCAAUUUGAGAUAUAUAGCAAUAUGAAGAGAUUGUCAGAAGAAAGAACGAAAAUCUUAUUCGAAAAAUUGGCCAAGUAUAUUGGACCUAAUGUUAAACAACUUAUAGAGAGACCAGAUGGCACAUAUGCAUUCAGGGAAAAGAAAGAUAGAGUAUAUUAUGCAUCCUUGGAUUUAUUUAACUCCGGGAAUACUAUUCCUCCAGACGAGAAAGUCUCUUGUGGUACAUGUUUUGGGAAAUUCACAAAAUCCAACAAAUUCCGAUUACACAUAACUGCUCUCAAUUAUUUAUCGCCUUAUGCUCAGGCUAAAAUUUGGUUGAAACCUCCAGCAGAACAGCAAUUUCUAUAUGGAAACAAUGUUGCCAAAUCUGGAUUAGGAAGAAUCAGUGAAAAUACUGAAAAAUAUCAAGGUCUGAUUGUGUACAGUAUGUCUGACUUACCUUUAGGUUUUGGUGUCGCUGCUAGAUCUACAAUAGAAUGUAGGAAUGCAGAACCAUCAUCAGUAGUCUGCUUUCACCAAGCAGAUAUAGGAGAAUAUGUAAGAUCAGAAGAAGAUCUUUUUUAAUGAAUAGAUAAGGCUGUAAAUAUAUUAUAUAUUAAUAUUUUAUAUAUCAAGUA